UCGGGCGGGUAUAAAGGCUGUGAGAGGCUGUGGAGCUCCUGUCCGCUGCAGUCCUCAGCUCUCAGCCUGAUCUCCUGCUCUGAUCUCCUCCACAGCCUUCAGCUCCCAACCAGUUCAACCAGUUUACUGCACACCAUGGCACCAGGAGCUAAACGGGGAAUUCUGGAGCGUCUGAAGGCUGGUGAGAUCGUUCUCGGGGAUGGAGGGUUCGUCUUCGCUCUGGAGAAGAGGGGCUACGUUAAAGCGGGACCCUGGACCCCUGAAGCUGCUGCAGAGCAUCCUGAGGCUGUGCGACAGCUGCACAGAGAAUUCCUGAGGGCGGGGUCAAAUGUCAUGCAGACCUUCACCUUCUACGCCAGCGACGACAAACUUGAGAACAGGGGGAACGCAGUCGGAUUCACCGGUCAGCAGGUCAAUGAGGCCGCGUGUGACCUGGCCAGGCAGGUAGCCAAUGAGGGCGAUGCCCUGGUGGCGGGCGGAGUCUCCCAGACCCCCUCCUACCUGAGCUGCAAGAGCGAGACUGACGUGAAGGCCAUCUUUAAGAAGCAGAUGGACGUCUUCAUCAAGAAGGACGUUGACUUCCUGAUCGCUGAGUACUUUGAGCACGUGGAGGAGGCUGAGUGGGCGGUGCAGGUUCUGAAGAGCACUGGGAAACCCGUGGCAGCCAGCAUGUGCAUCGGACCCAAGGGGGACAUGCAUGGAGUCACCCCUGGAGACUGCGCUGUCAGGCUGGUGAAGGCUGGUGCCGACAUCGUGGGCGUGAACUGCCACUUCGACCCCAUGACCUGUGUGAAGACCGUGGCGAUGAUGAAGGCCGCUGUGGAGAAGGCAGGGCUAAAGGCCCAUUACAUGGUGCAGCCUCUGGCCUACCACACCCCCGACUGCAACUGCCAAGGGUUCAUCGACCUGCCCGAAUUCCCUUUCGCUCUGGAGCCCAGAGUUCUGACCCGCUGGGACAUGCAGCAGUACGCCAGAGAGGCCUUCAACGCUGGGAUCCGCUACAUCGGCGGCUGCUGCGGCUACGAGCCCUACCACAUCCGCGCUGUGGCUGAGGAGCUGGCCCAGGAGCGGGGCUUCCUCCCCGAGGCCUCCAAGAAACACGGCAUGUGGGGCAGCGGCCUGGAGAUGCACACCAAGCCAUGGGUCAGAGCCAGGGCUCGUCGUGAUUACUGGGAGAAGAUGAAGCCCGCCUCCGGACGUCCUCUGUGCCCCUCCAUGUCCACCCCAGACGGCUGGGGCGUCACCAAGGGCGACGCUGCUCUGAUGCAGCAGAAGGAGGCGACCACCAAGGACCAGCUCCGCCCCCUGUUCGAGAAGGCCGACGCUAAGAACUGAAGUGGCCCGAGACCUGAGCUGUGCUGCGUACCCACGACCGCCGGGGAUACGGGAGGGUGGGCGUGAUGCUCUUUCCUUUACUUUGAGUUUACAGAUCACAUUUAACUAACAUAAUAGAAGCGUUUUUUCAUUGGCUCGUUUUACCAGGACCAUUUGUUUUUUUGAUAGAAGUGAAUCAGCAGUGUUUUUCCCGCUCUUUUCCCAGCAGUGUUGGUCAGUUUUGCAGGUUUACCUCUUUGCAGGCUUUUGCAGAGGCAGUCUGUGCCUCAGUGCCUUUUACUGUAUAUGAGCAGUUCCUCAGAACGUCCUGUAGAUGUCCUGUAGACUCCUCACUGCUGAGACGAGUGACACUGCGCUUUCAUUGUUGUGACCACAAUGAUUUAGGAGUAGUUCAACAUAGAAUUCCAGGUUUUCUGAGCACUCCAGUCUUCCGACAGUGUUGUCCAUGCUAGUGCUUGAAAUUUCACUGUUUUGGAGUUUGUUGUUGCAUUUCUGCCUCAAUAAAAAUCUGACCAUGA